GCUCUAUUCAUCUGAGAAAUAUCAGUUACCAUUCCCAGAAUAGUCUCUUUACUUCUUACUGAAACGUCACUAUCAUUAUCUUGCAAUGAGUAUAGAAUGUCAUGACGAGCGAGUUGUUGCGCGCCAACGGGAAGCACGUGCGCAAUUGGCAUCGCAACAGCGACGAGAUGGACUACGCGACCGAAGAGAAGAGGACGACAGCGCGAGCUGGCUCAUGUUCGACGAAGAGCCAAUCGGUACUCGAUUUGAAGUACUACGCCGUUCAGCAAUCUUCAACUUGGCCGAUCUGAGUAGACUGCGCUCUCAGCGCAGAGCCGCUUAUAAGUAUUCAGACAGGACUUCUGAGUCUCAGGCGAUCAUAAAUGUCGAUUCUCUAACGAUAGAGGAUGCCCAGUACGAGGUGACGUGGGAUUGUCUUCGUCGAGAUCUGCGCUUGAUGCUAGUCGUACUAGGUAAAAUCCAGGAGGCCGAAUGGUCUUACAGAUCAUUCCCAUACGUUCCCAAUUGCUUGCUCUACGUGUGCGGAUUUGGGUGGGCACAGGAUCUGGCAAGGCAUGCAAACGAAACAAGAGCUAUUCUGGCAAAAGAUGCGAAACGUACGGCGCUUUCCCCGGAAUUUGCUGGCCAACCUGUAGAAUUCUACAAUAGUCGACCUAAGCCCCGCGUAUCCGAGAUUGUUUGGCGCACAACUGAGAAUGCAACGGAGGCAUCGUCGGGCAUCAAUUUCCUUCGUGUUGUUCUAUUGUUCGGCCUCGGUGUAUCUGGCGUAUGGUCUGUGUAUCGGUUAUGGAGAUUUGGGACAAUCUUAUUGUGCAGGCAGUCUUCGAAAACUUUAACCGCGAAGGUCGGGCGUAAUGACCUGAGUGAGGAAGACUACAUUUCGUUGAAAGGUUUCAAAUGGUCGUCUUUGUGGUGGAUAAAUGCAAUGCUCUGAAGUGGGGUAUUCAAAUCCAUACUUGAUGAUGUUUAUGACUUCCUUUAUUUGUACACUGUUGACGAUUCUACACAUCACACAUCGAAGAGCAUGUGUGGAUGGCGUAGGCCCAUGCAAAUCUUGUCUCAAUAAAGGGCAUUUUACAGUUUCCAACGGUCC